AUGUCGGACGCAGCGCUGAACAUCGAGGGCGACCCCGAGCUGCUGCUGAACAACGUCCCCAAGCGGUUCGCCAUCGACGGCAAGGUGUCGGCGCAGCCUGCACUGAUCCGGCUGGACGACGGCUCACUGGCGGAGACGUGGGAUCUGACAGUCGAGCAGGACGACCACUGGUGGAACGCGCAAAUUGACUCGCUUGUGGACUGGUCGUCCAACUACGUGGAGCCCGAGGCAUUCCGCGUGUACCCCUGGCGCGUGCCCGACCCGUCGCUAGGCGAGCGCUCGCUGGUCGAGAACCCGGCGCACAAGAUUGCGAGCCCACAGGGCUGGGUGUCGUCCAACCAGACCGCCGGUAACAACGUGUUUGCGCAGUCCAACCCCGACGGCGGGUAUGGGUGGGAGAACAACUUCCGCCCGUCGUCGGCCAACCGCGUUUUCGACUACCCGCUCGACCUGACCAAGGCGCCGGCAUCAUACAUCGAGGCGGCAGUGACGCAGCUGUUCUACACCAACAACUUUAUGCACGACCUGUUCUACCUGUACGGCUUUGACGAGGCCUCGGGCAACUUCCAGGACAUCAACUUUAGCGGCAAGGGCCGCGGCAACGAUGCAGUCAUUGCCAACGCGCAGGACGGCAGCGGCUACAACAACGCCAACUUUGCCACGCCGCCCGAUGGCCGUCACCCGAAGAUGCGUAUGUACGUGUGGGACAUCACCAACCCGAACCGCGAUGGCGACCUGGAGCAGGGCAUUGUUGUCCACGAGUACACCCACGGCAUCUCGAUCCGCCUGACCGGCGGUCCCGCCAACUCCAACUGUCUCGGGUGGGGCGAGUCGGGCGGUAUGGGCGAGGGCCACGGAGAUAUCCUGGCCACCAUCAUCCGACUCAACUCGACCAGUACCCGCAACGACGACAUCCCGAUGGGCUUCUACUCGGCAGCCCGUGGUAUCCGCAAGUACCCGUACUCGACCAGCAUGAAGACUAACCCCUCGACGUACGGCAUCAUGGACGGGCCCGCGUACUGGGAAGUGCACGCCAAGGGCGAGGUGUGGGCUGCAAUCUACUACGAGGUUCUGUGGAAUCUGAUUGACGCCCACGGGUUCAGCGACGACGUGUUCUCGCACGAUAUGACCAAGGGCAACACGCUGGCGAUGCAGCUGCUGAUUGAUGCCUUCAAGCUGCAGCCGUGCCGCCCCAACUUUAUCGACACCCGCGAUGCUAUUCUGCUGGCAGACCGCCAGCUGACUGGCGGCGAGAACCAGUGCUUGAUCUGGAAGGGCUUCGCCAAGCGCGGCCUGGGCAAGAACGCCGAUCUGAUAUCCGACUCGCCGCCAGCAGUGGGAUCGACGUGUUGGGUAUCCGGUCCGUCGAAGAACGGGGGCUCCUGA